AGUCCUAGUUCUAUCCUUCCCUUUUCCAGCUAUAGUUUGUUGCAAAUCAAAAUGACAAGCUUAGGGAAGUUGGGCCAAUGGCCCUUACUAACAGCUGCUUUGGCAAUUUGCUUAGUAGCCAGCACUGUUGUUGCUGAUUACUCUUAUGGCUAUACUUCACCUUCUUACAACUCUAAGAAGUACUACAAAUCACCGUCUCCAUCCAAGUAUGAUGUACCCACUCCUUACUACAAGAAACCUGAGGAACCUGUUGCACAUUCUCUAUCACACUACUACAAAUCUCCAGCACCUUCGAAGCACGACUAUUACAAGUCGCCAUCAUCAAUAAAAUAUUACAAAUCGCACUUGCCAACAAAAUAUUACAAGUCGCAUGCUCCUUCAAAGCACUACUAUAAGUUACCUGUUGUAGUAAAAUAUUACAAGUCACAUGCUCCUGCAAAGCAUUACUACAAGUCACAUGCUCCUGCAAAGCAUUACUACAAGUCACCUGUUCCUUCAAAGAAUUACUAUAAGUCACCAACUCCUUCAAAAUAUUAUUACAAGGCACCUGUUGCAAUCAAGUAUUACAAGUCACCUGCUCCCUCAAAGUAUUAUUACAAGAAACCUGUUCCUUCAAAGUAUUACUAUAAGUCACCAACUCCUUCAAAACACUACUACAAGGCACCGGUUGCAAGCAAGUAUUACACGUCACCAGCUCCCUCAAAGUAUUACUAUAAAUCACCAACUCCUUCAAAAUACUACUACAAGGCGCCCGUUGCAACCAAGUAUUACAAGUCACCUGCUCCCUCAAGGUAUUAUUACAAAUCACCUGCUCCCACAAAGCAUUAUUACAAGUCCCCAACUCCUUCAAAGUACUAUUAUAAGUCUCCGUCGCCAGCAAAGUACUACAAGUCGCCUACACCCUACAAUUCACCACCUCCACCAAAAACCUAUGAACAAUCACCAUCAUACUACUCACCUCCACCACCAACGUACUACAAGCAAACACCCACCUAUGCUUCACCUCCACCACCUAUGUAGUACGAGCAAAUACCUACAUAUUCUUCACCUCCACCACCUGUGAAGUACGAGCAAACACCCACAUAUGCUUCACCUCCACCACCAACGUACUAUAAGCAAACACCCACCUAUGCUCCACCUCCACCGCCGUCAACAUCUCCCCCACCAACCUACUACUAAUAUUCAACCCUUCUCUUCAAUCAUUUUCCACUUCUCCAUGACUUAUAACUCCUCUUCAUCCUCCUUCUGAGUAUUUCCAUUUUCAUUCCGCCACAAUUUUAUGUAUGUUCCCCAAAAUGGUCGGCUUUGUUUGUUGUGUGUUCUUUUAUUUUAAUAAUUUGUAAUAUUUAUUAUUUGAGUUUUAAGUAAGAUCCUUGAGAUCUCCAUCAAUUUGGCUUUAUUAUAUCAAGAUCUCUUUUUUGAUGUAAUUUAUCAAGAAUCUCUGGUUUA